AUGCCACAUUUCUAUUUGAACAGGAAGUCUGAGCCCAGUUCUACUAGACUGAUGGUCAACGGCUCCGAGAAACUGUUCGGCUUUAGUUUAAGUGAUCUGAGUGACAUGGGAGUGGGAUGGAAGAUUAAUGCCACCAUUGUGACCAUCAUAAGGAAGGACGUGCUUCGCUUCUUGGAUGCGGAGAGAGACGUGUCUGUUAUCAAGAGCAGUUUCAAACCGGGCGAUACCAUCCACUACGUUCUGGACCGGCGCAGGACAUUCAAUGUUUCUCAGACUCUACACAGUUUACUUCCCGAAGUCUCUCCACUAAAGAACAAGACGUUCAAGACCUGUGCUGUGGUGGGGAACUCAGGCGUUCUCCUGAAGAGCGGAUGUGGGAAGGAGAUAGACAGCCAUGGUUUUGUUAUACGGUAAUGUACUUACUUCUUUGCGAUGAUCUAAUCAUUAUGGUCUUAUGGCAAGGCAUGCAGUCUAACAAGGUCUAAUGGUCAUUUAUCUCUCACUGUAUCAGUGUUUUCCCGCUGGUAACUUGACUUGAAUAUUAUUUGAUCCCAUUUUUGGAAAUCUGAACCAGGAACAAAAGCUCAAAGUAAUUUAGAGCUUCACGUGACUUGUACAUUCUGUAGUACUGCAGUAUUUUCACUGUUAUCACCCCAAA